AGUUCACAACUGAUAAUAACUUCAAAAAAUUAGACUAGAGACAACCAUUUUUUAAGAAGUUUUUUUUUUGAAAUUUUGAAGUCCCAACCGGCCGCCAAAUAUUGUCACCAUAAACUAAAGAAAAGGUCCGGGCAUAACUCCACAGUUCCAUACUCGGGUCGGGAGAGAGAGACAAUGGACGAUUCGGGUGCAUUUCUCUGUGAGAUAUCUUUGCUCAAAGACAUGCUUGAUAAGGUGAACGAGGAAAUCGAGGCGAACAUCCAAAUCACCAGGGAGAUCGAGUCGGAAAUUGUCAAGUGCGACGAGUCCGAGGCCUCCCUGCUUGCUCGAGAAUCGGAGCUGAUGAAAACAGCGUAUAUGCAACAGUUCGAAAUCAACGGCUUGAAGUCUGUCACUGAUGUAUCAUACACGGGAACCAACUAGUGUUAUUAUAUCAUGAAUGUGGUAUUUUGUCUUUUUGGCAUCUUUUAACAGCUAAUUCAACAGCCUCUCAUAAGUUAUUGGAGGAAGAGUUAGAUUCUCUAAGAGGGAAGCGGGAUGAGAUAUUUACUCGGAUGAACGUUCAACGAGAAGUAUUCCAGAGGUCAUGCAUGGAUUUUCAAAAGAAUAUUGGGAAGCAAGAUAACGAUGAAAUUGGGGCGUUACUCCUUGAGAAAGCCUGUCUAGAAAGAGAAGUUGGCUCCUUGAACAAUAGAAAUUCUGUUUUACAAAACUCAAUGGCUGCAUUUGUUGAAGAGAUCCUUGAAGAUCUCCAGAAUUCUAUACAUGCUCUAGAAAUUGACAUAAGAAUUCGAGAUAUCGAAAGAGAGAAAUUGACGAAGGAAGUUGACGAACUCAAGAAGACAUUGCUUUCAACUAUGUCAGCAGGAUAAAAUUUGAUUACAGGGCAAGAAGAGAAGGGGUAAAUGGGAAUUUCACCAGAGAAAUCAACAUCUACUUUUGUACAGGUCUAAUGUUGCUUAGAUCUUGAGCUAGGACUCCAAUGGAGUUGGUGAUAUAACAUGAAAUGAACACUGAUUUCUCUC